AUGGGCUUCUCAAAGAUCAGGAAGCACAUCACCCGCUCUGGUCUCUUCAUCGGCACGCUUCAAGAUUCACUGCCGCACGAGUGGGAGCAUCUCAUGCUCGUGUUUUUCGACAUCCUUGUGCUGGAUGACGAAUCUACUCUACGUCACUGCCUUCAAGACCGUCGCAAGAUCUUGAGGAACCUUGUCCAUGUAAUCCCCGGUCGGUCAAUGCGAUCGGAGUGGACACUUUUGGACUUUAAGACAGGGGAUGGCAUAACAGACCUUAAAGAGAUAUUCGCCCGGAACCUAGCCGAACACCAAGAAGGACUAGUUCUCAAACCGUUGCAUGCGCCGUACUUCCCACUUCUGUCAGAGCAAGGGCAUCGUCAAGCAGGUUUCUUUAUCAAAUUGAAAAAAGACUACCUCGGUGACAUGGGUGGUGAGAGAGAUUUGGGCGACUUCGCUGUGGUUGGGGCUAGCUUUGAUGCGCAAGUCGCGGCAAAGAGUGACUUGAGGCCUUUACAUUGGACGCAUUUCCAUUUGGGGUGUUGUACGAACAAAGAUGCGGUACAACGCACGGGUGCAAAGCCAAAGAUCAGGAUCGUUGCGAGCCUCAGCCUCGACAAGUGCAUACCAAAGAGCGAUGCGAAAUACAUGAACGUUCAAGGUUACAUCCGCCUGUCUACCCUACGAGACAAUGGGUCGACCCUUGAGUUCGAAAUUCAGCAUCCCAAAGGCUAUCACAGGCGGAUGACCGCAGCAUUCAAGAAGCCUUUCGUAGCAGAGAUUCUUGGCGGCGGCUUUGAGAAGCUCCAAAACGAAUCCUUCGAAAUGUUGCGACACCCCAGAGUCAAGAAAAUACAUCAUGACAGAACUUGGGAAGAUGCUGUGUCUUUGGAAGAUUUGGAACGUAUGGCUGAGGAGAAGUGGGAGGUGCCUGAUGCUGACAAGCUCGAUGGGCAUGCUCGUGACGUUGCUUUGCUGGUCAAGAAGUACACCAAAGAGAUGGGCGGGUCUCAAGCGACUGUAACGACCGACGACACUACGCAGCAGACGACACAGCGGACUACACCCCGCUCGUCGCCGGUGACCCCCCGACCAAGGACCAUACCAGCUGUUCCCCAAGCGUCUCCCAGUGCAGCUACAAUCCAGGAAACGCAGCAGCAUACUUGCACCACGAUUUUAAGUUCUCAAGGCUCUGCAGGUGGUAGCACACAAGGCAAAGGAACACGGGCAUCUCGCGAAAUGCGUAUUCUUGUGAGAGAGGACACAAUAGAGCGUCUGAAUACCUUACGUCCUCCUACACCAAUGUCGACGGCAUCUGGGGCGGCCAGCUCGUUACCACUCAUAUCUAGUGCGGUGUCUAGCCUUUCAACGGCAAGCAAGAGGCGCAGCUUCAUGGACAUGAUCAGCCCACCCAAUGCGAAGCGGAGAAAAGCACUGGUUCCCUUACAGUGCUCUGCGAACAACCGCCAUUUAGGUCAGUUCGAUUAUGAUUCGCAAGAGGGGGUCGUGCACAUUUACGCCAAAGAAGGGGUCAAGGUACAGAUACAUUCCGCACCUCGAGACAAGGAGAAGAGUAGCUAA